UCCGAAUACGAACCACCAUUUAGAAUAGUGACUUCCGGAAAAUUAAAAUAUGGAUAUUAACAAGUUUGACUGGACUGAAGGACUUGAAAACAAAGCAAUAUUCAGCAAUGACAAAGUUCUUAUCUUCAAGCUGAAGAAAUCGAAGUAUGUCACACAAAACAUUCCUGGUCCAGGAUGUGAAAUGGAUGAUUUUGAAGAGAAACUUCUCGGCUGUCAAUGCCUAGCUUGUGAUAGAGACUGUACAUGUACUGCUCGCUAUGGAAAUGCAUACACUGACAAGAAAAUAGACGUUAGCCUUUUGGGGUCCAGUGUAACACCUGUAUUUGAAUGCAAUUCUAACUGUGCAUGUCCUUCGCAGUGUCAAAACAGGGUAGUCCAGCACGGUAUCAGUGUACAAUUACAAAUAUUCAAUACGGGCAAGAAAGGUCUUGGUCUUCAGACUGUGGAGAACAUACAAAGAGGAACGUUUGUAUGUGAAUAUGCAGGAGAAAUUAUAUCCUUACAAGAGGCACAAAGCAGAUGUAUCAAACAGAAAGAUACGGACAUGAAUUAUAUACUCACUGUAAAGGAGCAUUGUAAAACUGGCAUACUUAAAACCUAUGUUGAUCCAGAUAAGUUAGGAAAUAUUGGGAGAUAUAUAAAUCACAGUUGUUCUCCUAAUUUAUCAAUGGUUCCCAUUAGAGUAGACACUAUGGUUCCAAAAGUUUGCUUAUUUGCAAAUAGAGACAUUGAACCUCUUGAAGAGCUAUCAUUUGUUUAUGGGACGUUAAGGCCAGACCAGAAAAGAGGCACAACAUGUUACUGUAAUUCAAAUGUUUGCACAGGAUUUAUGCCAUUCGAUGAAGAGUUAAAAAGCUCUUUUGGUUUUUUGGAAUAAAUCACGAAAAGUCAAGUAGAGUAAUGUCUACACAUGUUUGUGAAUUCAAAAUUAACUGAUAAGAUCAAAGCUUCAACCAUCUAAUCACAGUAAAAGAAAGUAUAGCUAGCAAAUUCCUCUUUUUAAAAAUAUAAGAAGGUUUUAGAUGAAAGAGGCAGUAUGUGACACAUACGGAUUUCGAUUUACCAGAGACGAAAUAAGUAAACGUAUAGAUAUGAGCAACUCAAGUCACCAUACGAACUAUAACAAUGAACAGAGCCCAUACCUCAUAGCAUGCUAUAAAGAUCUAUAAAGGGUUCGACAAAUGUAUUACUAAAACUUAGCAAACGAGAAAACCAACAGUCUGAUCUGAUUUGAGUUUAAAAGUCAAACAAACGAGAAACUAAAAUUAAUACAUCAACAAACAACGAUCUCUAAAUUAUCUAUGCUCCUGACAUUGGAUUUGCACAUACCGAAUGUUAACCUGUGACAUUGUUGUAACAGCACAAACAUAAGAACAAACUUUAAAAUUCUUAUACUUUUUGUCGUGUAAAUUUCUCACUAAUGGGAACUGGGAAUCCGGAUAAAUAAUAUUUUGUAAAGACCUUUCUUGCGAGGUCUAGGUGUCCGUGAAACAAUUAAGGCACACCUGACCUCGACUUUAUUUUAUGGAUCAGCGAGCAACACUAAUUUUCGUAAACAGGUCUAUCUCUCAGAUACUUUGAGCAGUAUGUCAACUUUAUAUUUGAUUUAUGGAUUGAUUGUAAG